AAUCGGAAGUGACGUCGCAGUCAAACAAGUGAAUCUGAGGCCGCGGAUGGAAAGGCCCAACUCGCUGUUGGCUGUCGAAGGUGGUCGCGAGACCCUGCUCUCCCACCCGGUCGGCCUCAGACCUCUGUCCCACGGACCCGCCCGCUGCGGAUUUUUUUAAUAACCAAAUUUCAAGAAUACACUGGAUAUCACUCUUAAAAAAACAAAAGGAAAUUAUGAAGGACUGUUUUAAUUAUUGAAACUACAGUUGAAAUCAUGGCUACAUCAGCAAAUCUGGACCUUGGAGCCCAGCUGAUAGUGGAAGAGUGUCCCAGCAGUUAUAGUCUAACUGGCAUGCCAGACAUUAAAAUAGAACAUCAACUGGAUGCAAAUGCAGAAGAAGUAUCGGCUCAGGGUGUCGCCAUGGGAAUGAAAUUCAUAUUGCCUAACCGAUUUGAUAUGAACGUGUGCUCUCGAUUUGUGAAGUCCUUAAAUGAAGAGGAUAGUAAAAAUAUUCAAGAUCAGGUUAACUCGGACCUGGAGGUGGCAUCUGUCCUAUUUAAAGCUGAAUGCAAUAUCCAUACAUCUCCUUCUCCGGGAAUCCAAGUAAGGCAUGUCUACACUCCCUCUACAACAAAGCACUUCUCACCCAUAAAACAGUCAACUACCUUGACCAACAAACACAGAGGAAAUGAGGUCUCAACCACACCUCUGUUAGCAAAUUCUUUAUCUGUUCACCAGUUAGCUGCUCAGGGAGAGAUGCUCUACCUGGCUACUCGCAUUGAACAAGAAAAUGUUAUCAAUCACACGGAUGAAGAAGGAUUUACUCCUCUGAUGUGGGCUGCAGCACACGGGCAAAUAGCUGUGGUAGAGUUUCUACUUCAGAAUGGUGCUGAUCCCCAGCUUUUAGGAAAAGGUCGGGAAAGUGCACUGUCUCUGGCCUGUAGUAAAGGCUACACCGAUAUUGUCAAAAUGCUGCUUGAUUGUGGAGUUGAUGUAAAUGAAUAUGAUUGGAAUGGAGGCACACCUUUGCUUUAUGCUGUGCAUGGAAAUCAUGUGAAGUGUGUAAAAAUGCUCCUAGAAAACGGAGCUGACCCAACAAUUGAAACCGACUCUGGAUAUAAUUCUAUGGAUUUAGCUGUAGCCCUGGGCUAUCGAAGUGUUCAACAGGUCAUUGAGUCACAUUUACUGAAGCUGCUUCAAAAUAUCAGAGAGUAGAGAGCGUCGUCAAAGUGCAUCUGCCCUUCCGUUCACUUUUUGGCCCUUCUAAAUGAUAGUUUUGUUUACUUAUAAGUUUUUACCUCAGUUGCAAUAUUUACUGAUUUUUACUAAGUUUUAAUAAAUAUUCUUCUGAGUAAUUCACUGGUUUAUAAUAAAAUUAAUGUUGAUGCUUUUUUUAUAAAUGUGUUUUAUGGCAUAUUUAAAAUUAUAAAUUAAUGUUUUGUGGCAUGUAAAUUUCUAUGGUACAUUGUUAUCUGUCUUUGUAUCAAGUGCUGUAAUUUAACAUUUUCAGAAAUUAUUCUAUCCUAUUCAUCUUUACUCUUAUAUUAACUCAUUGUCUUUAUAUAGAGUUUGCUAUAAAUCAUAGAAAAAAUUUGUUAUUAUUGAAUUAAAAAUGCACAGUGUGAUUGUUUACAAAAUGUUAUAAAUAAAUAAAGUACAUUUUCCGUUUGCA